AUGCCUCAACUCAACCGGCGCAAACGUCGCUCCGACGCCAUCUCUCGUGACGCUUCACCACCGCCAUCCGAAUCGCCGGAGCCAGAACAACCGACGCAGCGUCGUGUCCGUCGUAGGUCCUCGGAAUCGUCGAUCGCGUCGGCUGCGUCUGCAGGAUCCAAUUCGCCAGAGACACAAGCUGGGAACCAACGCAACACACUAGUCAAGAAGUUGGUCCGCUUAGCAAUAUCGACCGAAUACUCUCGAGCACCGCUACGGCGAAGCGACAUAUCGGACAAAGUCUUCAAGGACAGCACUGGUGAGGGAACAGGCGUAGCCAGCAGCGCAGGCUCAUUUAAGAAAGUCUUCGAGGAUGCGCAGACAGUGCUCCGACACACGUUCGGCAUGGAGCUACAAGAACUACCGAGCAAGGAGAGAAGUGGGCUUAACGAGCGACGGAAGCAAGCCACCCAGACUCAGAAGACCGGCAGCACUUCUAAUCGCAGUUGGAUCCUGGUCAGCAUACUACCAAAGCAGUACAAGGAGGACCCACGCAUACUGGAACCAAGUCAUGCUCCGAGUCAGGAAGACGAGGCUGGGUACACCGCAUUCUACACACUCAUCAUCACGCUCAUUUACUUCAACAAUGGAGAGAUCACUGAGCAGAAACUCGAGAGGAAUCUUAGAAGGUUCAACAUAGGCGCCGGGACACCAUUCGGCAAGUGGGAUAAGGUCAAACAGAGGCUACUCCGAGAGGGCUACCUAGAUAAGAAGAAGGUUAGCUCAGGCGGCGAAGAUGUCAUCAGCUAUACUGUCGGUCCGAGAGGCAAGGUCGAAGUCGGCAUCAAGGGGGCCGAAGGUCUUGCCAGGAGCGUGUAUGGGCAAGGCGCCGCUGGUCCAGGCAGGGAAGGACCGAAAAUGGAGAUGGACGAAUUGAAUGCAAGACUCAAGCGAACACUGGGCGUGCAUGCUGCAGUGCAGGAAGACGCCUCAGCAGGUCCAGGAUCGAAUGGCGGGAGUGCGCCUCAGAGUCGGCGUGAGACACCUCAGCCAGGCGCCGGGGCGACUCAGCAGCGAAGGAGAGGAAGACCUCGUGUCAAUAGGGACGACGACGAUGAUGACUGA